GCGGACCCUGGACCCACUCGACAUCCCACUUUAAAGAGAUCAGGAGAAUUUUACUCGUGAACACAUGACAUUUACACAGCAUUUGAGAAGGAGCGAACAGGGAUCACGAUAUAUAUAUAUAUAUACUUUUUUUUGCCAUUUAACAGGUAACAGAAAGAAGAGAAGCCACCAGAUGAAGGAAAAACAGUAAAGAAGCAGGGGCAAGAUCCGUGUGGAGAUAUCCGGAGUUCACAGUGGCACUCUAGUCCUCUCUGACUCCUGAAGGAAAAGAGGAAAAGAAAAGAGGACGUCAGCCACAGCACACACACACACACACAGACACACAAACACUUACACACGCACACGCACACGCACACACAAUACACACAAACACAUUUACACGCAAACACUUACACACACACACACCCACACACACACACACCCACACACCCACACACAUUGGAGCAAAGAUGAGUGAAGAUAAAGCAGCUGAAAGCGUGGAACCUGCUCCUGCAGUGCCAGUAUCAGCUCCAGCCGAGAUUAACUCUAUUCCCAAUGGGAAAGGACAUGAGACUGGGGAGGAAACCACAGCAGCAGCCAAAACACCACCAGGAGACACCACAGAGCUGGAAAUUGUUCCCAAUAGUGCCCAAAAUGUCAGAAGUGAGGAUCCAGAGGCCAACCUCGCAGAGAGUCAGGAGUUCCUGUCUAACAUGGAGGACAAAAAGACCACACGCUUCACAGAUUUUGAGGGGAAAACCUCUUUUGGAAUGUCAGUGUUCAACUUGGGCAACGCCAUCAUGGGAAGUGGAAUUCUAGGAUUGUCAUAUGCCAUGGCCAACACAGGGGUCGUUCUAUUCCUGGUGCUCCUGACAGUAGUGGCUGUCCUCUCAUCUUACUCCAUCCACUUGCUACUCAAGUCAUCUGGCAUUGUGGGUAUCCGGGCUUAUGAGCAGCUGGGCCAAAGGGCAUUUGGAACGCCAGGCAAGAUGGCUGCCGGCAUCGCCAUCACGCUGCAGAACAUUGGAGCCAUGUCCAGUUACCUGUACAUCGUGAAGUAUGAGUUCCCUUUGGUCAUCCAGGCCUUCCUGGGGAUCGACAAGCCAUCAGGUGAGUGGUACCUGAAUGGGAACUACCUGGUCAUCAUGGUGUCCAUCAGUGUCAUCCUGCCUCUGGCUUUGAUGAAGCAGCUAGGGUACCUGGGCUACACCAGUGGCUUCUCUCUCACCUGCAUGGUCUUCUUCCUCAUCUCGGUCAUUUAUAAGAAGUUCCACACCCCCUGUCCCUUUUUGGACUUCACCUUUAACCGCACAGCCAGUGUGACUGCUGUUACCAAUGACACUGGUUACAACCCAGCCUGCAUUCCGAAAAUGGUCAACCUCAACUCACAGACGGCCUACACCAUCCCGAUCCUGGCAUUUGCCUUUGUGUGCCACCCUGAGGUCCUGCCCAUCUACACCGAGCUCAAAAACCCCACCAAGCAAAGGAUGCAGCAUGUGUCCAACAUCUCCAUUGUAGUCAUGUACACCAUGUACUUCCUGGCUGCUCUGUUUGGAUACCUGACCUUCUAUGGUGAGGUGGAGUCCGAGCUGCUGCACACCUACAGCCGUCUGGACCCGUACGACACCCUGAUCCUGUGUGUCCGUCUGGCCGUGCUCACCGCUGUCACACUCACCGUCCCCAUAGUGCUCUUCCCUGUAAGGAGAGCCAUCCAGCAGUUGUUUUUCCCCAACAAGACAUUCUACUGGCCCCGCCACAUUGCCAUCGCUUUCACCCUGCUCACUCUCAUCAACAUGCUGGUCAUCUUCGCGCCUAACAUCCUGGGCAUCUUCGGCAUCAUUGGUGCCACAUCUGCCCCCUGCCUCAUCUUCAUCUUCCCUGCUGUUUUCUACAUCCGCAUCGUACCCGAAGAGGAGGAGCCCAUGCGCUCCACCCCCAAAAUCCUGGCUGCCUGCUUCGCUGGAAUAGGCUUCCUGUUUAUGAUAAUGAGCCUGAGCUUUAUCCUCAUUGAUUGGACGUCGGGGAGUAGCAAAGCCAGCAGCGGUCACUAGACUGCUUCUACCGUCUUCAGUUUUUAUAUUGUAAAUCUAGACCUGUAUGGUAUUUUCUCUGUGUUUUCAUGGAUCAUAUUUUGUAGAGGAUGUACUAUCUCUUCCUCCAGAAAGAGUGUGCCUAUGUCUAGAGAUGGGGAGUUCAGUCUUCUGGAGGUUUCUGCUCCCCGCUGGAAGAAGAUAGUGCAUUCGAAACAAAUGUAAAGUCAAGCUGGCUCACUGAAUCUGCCACCACCUCCCAUUCCAGCCCUGCCACCAGACCAGACCAGACCCAUAACCCAUGACCCUAUAAACCUGUACUCUGUGAAUCACAGCAAGAAUCUAACUGCCACACUUUAGUCUAGACAACCACGUAGCUUUCUUCAACAGUAGGGGAGAAGAAGGCACAACAGAUUGUUGGGGGCUGGACAGUUAUUUUAUAUUUGUAGCCAAAGUCUACUGUAUUAAGUUAUUCAUGAAAUUAGGUAAUGGCAAGAUUCUGUACAAUAGCUGAGGAAAUGUGGCAUUAAAAGCUAUUGGACAGUGGCAUCAUCCAGUGACCCGUGCUGCUGUUGUCACCCUGGUGGCCAGGUGUCGUCCUUCUAGACGCUCGGCUUCAGUCCUCACAGAUAUCAGAGGAUGGAACCAUACAACUGAUAUGCAACUGUACAGUGUAUACAGUGUGUAUAGAGUAGGUUGACUCUACCAUUACAAUACAGUAUGAUAUAUAUAUACAGAGAGAUUUAUUUUUUUAUAAUUUUUAUUUGAUAAAGGGUAUAAUAUGGACCUUUUGAGUCUAUCCUCAGCAACAGUAUCAAGGCUAUCAUAUCACAUUGGUGUGUCUCUUUGAUACGUGCGCUGAACCAUAUCAGAAUAGCUUUUUCAUGGUUCGAGGAGCAACUCUGAUGUCUAAAAUUGAAGGAAUGCCUGGCUAUAAUCUGUCCACUCAGUAUGAGGGUCUAUUUUAGAGGUGGAGGUGAUCGUUAACUUGGUCCUGGAUUGGUGGGGGUGUAUAUCUCUGCAUUGUCAUGUUUUGAUCAUUUGAGCACUCACUAGGACCAGUGUCCUUAGUGGCAGAGGAUGCUCUCUACCUGGGUUUGUUGUUGUGUUGUUUCUGAACAUUUACUGAACGUAAUCAGAGAUAACCCAAAAAUAUAAAGAAAACUCACGGGGUCAAUUCAUUACGUGGAGAAUCAAGGAUGACGUGUGUAAAUAUGGUUAUUUCCAGGACAAGCUUGUUUUUUUCCCUAACUAAAGUUCAGUCUAGUGACAUGGUGCCAUGAUAAGCACACAAUGUGGUAUCAAUGCCUCUCUAACAUCCCUGCAAAGUAGGUGGUUAGUUAUUGCACUUUCAGCUGAUAUGUACAACUUCUUCCUAUAGCCAUUAAUCAAUUGAAAUGCAAACAAUUUAUUUGUAAGAUACUCAUACGUUUUAUAGAUAUGAUUUUAAGGGACAACCCUUUAUAAUACAAAUUACAAUCUCUGAAAAAUCUGAAAGUCUAAAUCCUAAAUAAAUUGUAUAAUCCUAUGUAUGUCACAUUACAAAACAAUAUGUAUUUAAGGUCUAACAUGGUACAAAGACAUUUCCUCCAACUACUUGAAGCUCUUUCUCUCCUGUUCUGUGUCUGCAUAGUGUUUAGCAGCCCUGCAGUGAUUUAAGUGUGAACAUGGUGUGUGAACAUGGUGUGUACAUGGUGUGUGAACAUGGUGUGUACAUGGUGUAUGAACAUGGUGUGUACAUGGUGUAUGAACAUGGUGUGUACAUGGUGUAUGAACAUGGUGUGUACAUGGUGUAUGAACACGGUGUGUACAUGGUGUAUGAACAUGGUGUGUACAUGGUGUAUGAACAUGGUGUGUACAUGGUGUAUGAACAUGGUGUGUGAUCAUGCUGUGAGUCUGUUUGUCUGCUCCAGUAUGGAGCGAACACAAUUAUGUACAGUGGAUGUACUGUAAGGAUUGUUAGUGUGUCUGUGUUGUUGAAAUGAAACAUGGCUCUACUGUAUUUUAAUUGUGGUACUUACUUAUACACUAUUGUAUUGUGAAACGAUCAAUGGAUACAUGAACCAUAAGUGUAAUGUGUAAAUCGUAGGCUUAUGAAUCCCAUUGACUCUUACCAAAUUAGUCAAAUAACAUUUAAAAGCCUGACUAUGAACCUUUCAUAAUCUCAGACUACUCUGCUGUCAGGUAUGAGUGGAAUAGUAUUUCUGGUCAGUUUCUAAACAUCCCUGUAGCUGCUUUUGGGGACUGUCUGCCAACUCUUGCAGGUAUUGAGCAGGUUUGAUAAAGUAGUCAGAUGGAAUGUCCCCUGUCUCUCUCUGUUGUUUUCCUUGUGAUGAAGUUACAGAUUCCACACUACAGUGAGUGCUGUAAUUUUGUAUAUGAGUAUUGUAUCAUUGUUAUGUCAAACCUGGUUGUAAAGCGCAACAAACUCCUCUCACAAUCAAUCAUUAAUACAUGUUUCCUUAGAGAAUACCCAGUCUGCAUGAGCCAGUAUACAGUACAUCAGGAUCAGCCAGCUCUGCUCUCUCUAUCUAUUACUCAUUUAGUUAAUAGUUUAAUGGAUUCAUUUGUUUUUAUUUUAAUAAAGAUCAAUGUUUAAAGUUAUAUUUUAACAACAUGUUUGUGUUAUUCUGAUUUCAUAUACAACUGGUAUGUUAUUCUCUGACAGAUCAGCCCUUACACAUACCAUGUGUACCACCAGAGGGAGACAUUGUGAAAGUGUCUGACAUGAUAUCUGACUGUCUGGUAACGCUCCUUAUACAGUUCUCUCAUUUCCUUGUGUGAUUUAAUGAAAUUGGUAUAGUUCAUGAAAUAUCGACUUCAACCAGCAUUUCUAAAUAAUGUAUAUAAAUGUAAACCCUUUAUAUUCAAUAUGCAUAUCUAGUUUGUAUAAUGUAAAAAGCAAGUACUGUAGUUUUAGUCUGAUCAUUAAAAAGAGAAAUGUAAUCAUUUUUAAAGUGCUUUUAAACUAUUUGCCCUUCAAUUUAUGUCUUUAUUUUAUUGUUUCUCAAUAUAUUUGAAUACAUUGCUGGCAUUUAUUGUACUGUAAACAAUGUUGCAAUAAAAACAAUAAAAUAACAUUA